CCUAAAAGUAGCGGAAAUUGAACCAUUUUGAUAAUGACCUGGACCCUGGCGCAUUUUAAUGUUUCAUUACUCUUCCAAUUUGGAAAUCGACACGAACAACUAUUUUUUUUCUUCUUGUCAAUGCUCUGUCUUUCUCUUUAAUUUUCCCAUCCUUUCCACUGAACUCCCUCGUUGUGCAUGUGUCAAUCUCUAAUCUCGGAUGUGUAAUUUUACCUAUUUUUAAUCAUUCCUCAUACGGUAACCACCUCUACCAUCUACGACCAACCCUCUCCAUCGGCAUCUUUCACCUCACGGACCUCCCCCCCUUCUUCUUUAGGCCCCUUCAUAGGUCCUUCAACGAUAGGUCGAAUUGUUACCUACGAAAUACUCUCGUGAUUCGAUCAAUUGGAUCUCCAAAAGAGUAUAGAUAGCCAAUAGAGACGCGUCGCGCGCUACCAAUCACCGUUCUACCUACUACCUAUCUCCUCUUCUUCCCUUUCGACUCUCACAUUAACGAACUCGACGACGUUAGGCGCCAUCUCAAUCCUAGUCGAGCGUGGUAAACGCAAAUCGAUUCUCUAUACGGCUUCACGCCCCCGCAAACAAGGCGACGGAUAUUAUCGACGGGGCCUGUUCUCUUCAGUAGAAUUUAACUAAUAUCUUGACCGCGAUCGAUAAUACUCAAGAUGGGGGGCCAACUUUCCAAGAUGAUGGGCAAGAUCUUCGGAUCUAAAGAGAUGAGGUUGUUGAUGUUGGGACUUGACGCUGCUGGAAAAACGACAAUAUUAUACAAGCUCAAGUUGGGUCAGGACGUUACUACUAUCCCUACCGUCGGUUUCAAUGUCGAGACGGUCACGUACAAGAACGUCAAGUUCAACGUCUGGGAUGUUGGUGGUCAGGACAAGAUCCGUCCCUUAUGGAGACAUUACUUCAGCGGAACCCAAGGUCUAAUAUUCGUAAUCGACUCUGCCGACCGUACGCGGAUGGAAGAGGCGAGACAAGAAUUACAUCGCAUUAUCAACGACAGGGAGAUGAAGGAUAGCUUGCUGCUGGUAUUCGCAAACAAGCAAGAUAUCGGAGGUGCAAUGAAACCACAAGAAGUAACCGAGGCACUCCAGCUGUCCAAGCUUAAGGAUAAGAUCUGGUACGUAGUGCCUAGUUGUGCCACGACGGGCGAGGGUCUGCUCGAGGGGUUGGCGUGGCUGUCAAACAAUGUCAAGGCGCCCCCUGCGCCGGCCAAGAAGUAGGGCUUCUAGUUCUAGUUCUCUGUUCCCUUGAUACCCUUGAUUUUCUUUGAUUUAGAACGACCACUUCCCUACAACUUGGCCAGAGAUGGACAUGACGAGCGAACCUCAAUGGUCUUUGGGCUGCUCGCAUGGUCUUAUACGACCUUAAUAACUCGAUGGAAUUGGUUCGGGC